GAAGAAAACCUGCGCAGAGCGCUCCCUGUGUAGAUUCGCUGGAAGCAGCUGAAGCUCCAGUUCUCAUCUGCUCAGGUGUCCCUGGCGCCUUGGCGAACUCGGCCACUCCAGUUCCUCACCUGGUGAGCGCUCAGGGCAGCGGGCCGAUUUUCCUGGGUCCCAUACCUGGGUUUGAGGGGCGCGGCUCGCAGCGGCGGGUGCAGGGGCGACUGCCAGCCCUCACCCCGCCUCGGGGUGAGUUCGGAGGCCGACACCUGGAGGACCGCCUCCAGUCCCCGCGAGACGCCACGCCUGCGCGCCGGGGAUCGGGGAUAAGAAGUGCGCGCCGGGCUCCGGCUGCGCGCCGCGGGGCCACCAGUUUGCGCGCAGGGCGCAGGCCACCGUGCGGCCAUGGACACGCCGCGGGGCAUCGGCACCUUCGUGGUGUGGGACUACGUGGUGUUCGCGGGCAUGCUGGUCAUCUCGGCCGCCAUCGGCAUCUACUACGCCUUCGCUGGGGGCGGCCAGCAGACCUCCAAGGACUUCCUGAUGGGCGGCCGCAGAAUGACCGCCGUGCCGGUGGCGCUGUCCCUCACCGCUAGCUUCAUGUCAGCCGUCACCGUCCUGGGCACCCCCUCCGAGGUCUACCGUUUUGGGGCCAUUUUUAGCAUCUUUGCCUUCACCUACUUCUUUGUGGUGGUAAUCAGCGCGGAAGUCUUCCUCCCGGUGUUCUACAAAUUGGGAAUUACCAGCACCUACGAGUAUUUAGAACUUCGAUUUAACAAAUGUGUUCGUCUCUGUGGAACAGUCCUCUUCAUUGUUCAAACAAUUCUGUACACUGGAAUUGUUAUUUAUGCCCCUGCCCUGGCUUUGAAUCAAGUCACAGGAUUUGAUCUGUGGGGCGCGGUAGUGGCAACGGGGGUGGUCUGCACAUUCUACUGCACACUGGGUGGUCUUAAAGCAGUUGUCUGGACAGAUGUUUUUCAAGUUGGGAUCAUGGUGGCUGGAUUUGCAUCUGUGAUUAUACAGGCUGUGGUGAUGCAAGGUGGAAUCAGCACUAUUUUAAAUGAUGCCUAUGAUGGUGGAAGAUUAAAUUUCUGGAAUUUUAAUCCUAACCCUUUGCAAAGGCACACCUUCUGGACAAUUAUUAUAGGAGGGACCUUCACAUGGACCGGCAUCUACGGUGUCAACCAAUCCCAGGUGCAGAGAUACAUUUCUUGUAAAAGCAGAUUCCAGGCAAAAUUGUCUCUCUACAUCAAUCUUGUGGGACUCUGGGCAAUCCUCACGUGCUCAGUGUUUUGUGGGCUCGCCCUAUAUUCCAGGUACCGUGACUGUGAUCCUUGGACAGCCAAGAAAGUGUCUGCACCAGACCAGCUUAUGCCUUAUUUGGUACUGGACAUUCUGCAAGAUUAUCCAGGACUUCCUGGACUUUUUGUGGCCUGUGCUUACAGUGGGACGUUAAGCACAGUGUCCUCCAGUAUUAACGCCUUAGCGGCAGUAACUGUGGAAGAUCUAAUCAAACCUUACUUCAGAUCGCUCUCAGAAAGGUCUCUGUCUUGGAUUUCCCAGGGAAUGAGUGUGGUGUAUGGAGCCCUGUGUAUUGGAAUGGCUGCGCUGGCGUCACUUCUGGGAGCUUUGUUGCAGGCAGCACUCAGCGUAUUUGGUAUGGUUGGUGGACCACUUAUGGGCCUGUUCACUUUGGGCAUUUUGGUUCCCUUUGCCAACUCAAUUGGAGCACUUGUUGGUCUGAUGGCUGGAUUUGCCAUUUCUCUAUGGGUUGGAAUUGGAGCUCAAAUAUAUCCUCCACUUCCUGAGAGAACAUUGCCAUUGCAUCUUGAUAUCCAAGGCUGUAACAGCACCUACAAUGAGACAAAUUUGAUGACAACCACAGAAAUGCCAUUUACUACUACUGUUUUUCAAAUAUACAAUGUUCAAAGGACUCCACUGAUGGAUAACUGGUAUUCUUUAUCAUAUCUAUACUUCAGCACUGUUGGAACUUUGGUAACAUUAUUAGUGGGGAUACUUGUCAGUUUACCAACAGGAGGAAGAAAACAGAACUUAGACCCCAGAUAUAUACUAACCAAGGAGGACUUUUUAUCUAAUUUUGAUAUUUUUAAGAAAAAAAAGCAUGUUUUAAGCUAUAAAUCGCAUCCAGUGGAAGAUGGUGGAACUGAUAAUCCUGCCUUCAACCACAUUGAAUUGAACUUCUCAGAUCAGAGUGGCAAGAGCAAUGGGACUCAUUUGUGAAGCAGCUCUGAUACUAGAUGCCCUUAAAUGAUGUUUCAAUUUUAUAUGUUUUCCAGGAUAAUUGGAUCAGGUUUUCUUUGUGUGUGUGUGUUGUAUCAUGGGUGUUUGGGGGAAAAGUUUUUGUUAAAACAAAGUCUGGACUAUCUUCAUUUACUACAUCAUUAAUUGAUGUUACUCUGGAGUUUAGAAUUCUGGCAUUGACAUUUCCCUCUCUUUCCUUUAUUUCAGUGAAGUUAUAAUUGUGAAAAUUAUAACUACAUAGAUGCUGAAAGGCUAAUACACACAUGUGAACAUG